GCAACUGCAAUCAUUCAUCCCCUCCAUGACUCUCAAUCCCUCACCCACCUCCCUCCCUCUCUCACAUUUCUUCAAACACCUCCUUUGCGUGAGCGCCACCACACUCGCUCGCUCUCACCUUCCACCCUAAAAGAAGGCCAUUAAACAAUUCCAUUGGCGGAGGCAGAGCUCCACCAACAAAGGCAAGAUUAAUGCCCUCUCAUUGGCCAUCGCCCCUUUCUAUAAUCCAUCCAUGCCUGCGGAACUGGAAAGGCGGCCAUGUGUCGUCGCUUCUUCUCCCCCACUUCUGUUCGCCUCCAUUUCCAGAUCAUAGUCGUUUUGCUGAGAGAGCGACAGUGCCGGAAGCAAAAGAAGGGAUUUUUACCAGGCAGGGAUGGCGAAGGAGACCGAGUACUAUGACGUUCUUGGCAUCAGUCCGUCGGCUUCGGAGGAGGAGAUUCGCAAAGCUUACUAUCUGAAGGCAAGACAAGUUCAUCCGGACAAGAAUCCAAAUGAUCCGAAAGCUGCAGAAAAUUUUCAGACACUUGGGGAAGCAUAUCAGGUGUUGAGUGAUCCAGUGCAGAGAAAAGCUUAUGAUGGUUUUGGUAAAGAAAGGGUGUCGAGGGAGAAUAUGUUAGAUGCCACUGCCAUAUUUACCCUUCUUUUUGGAAGUGAACUUUUUGAAAAUUACAUAGGGUACCUUGCUGUGGCCUCAAUGGCAUCAUCUGAAUUGAUGAGCGAAAAUGAAAGUCCAGAGAAACUUCAAGAUAGAUUGAAGGCUGUGCAGAGAGAAAGAGAAGAGAAACUUGCCAGGUUCUUGAAAGACUUUCUCAAUCAAUAUGUCUGUGGUGAUAAAGAAGGAUUCUUUCAUUGUGCAGAGUCUGAAGCAAAGAGGCUUACCAACACAGCCUUUGGAGUGGAGAUUCUACAGACAAUUGGUUAUGUAUAUGCAAGACAGGCUGCAAAGGAAUUAGGCAAGAAGGUCAUGUAUCUUGGUGUGCCAUUUUUUGCUGAAUGGGUGAGAAACAAGGGACAUUUCUGGAAAUCACAAAUAUCCGCAGCUAAAGGUGCUUUCCAGCUACUGCAGAUUCAAGAAGAUAUAUGCAGGCAACUCAAUAAAGAUGGCACAAUUACAGAAAAGGAUGUCGAAUAUCAUAUGAGGAUAAACAAGGACUUGAUGGUUGAUUCAUUGUGGAAACUGAAUGUUGUCGAUAUUGAAAUGACACUUCUACAUGUCUGCCAAAUGGUUUUGCAAGAAAACAAUGUCAAGAAGGAGGAACUAAAGUCCCGUAUGAUAGCUUUAAAAAUUCUUGGAAAGAUUUUCCAGGGUUGCCCUUUGAAGAAGGAAAAGUAUGCCUUGCCUGCUCCAAACGCAAAAGAAAAAAUAGUUCAAGAUGAUGAUGACACUGAUUCUGAUUCUAGUUCAGUUGAGGAAUAUCCAAGGAGAUUUCCAUACCGAACUCCAUUUCUUACUCAGGGCAUUGGAAGAUUCUUUAGAUGCAUUUGUAACCCAGCAUAUGAUGUGGACGAUGAUCCUGAGCCACCCAUCAAAUGAUGCUGAGGGGAGUUCCAUGUUGAUUCCAAUGACUUCAGUGCUCGGGAAAAACAAAAUCAAAAGUAGACACAGCGAAGUGUAGUCGUGUAUAGAUUUAAUUGGCUCAAUCUCCUGACACCUAAAUACAAUCUUGAUGGUUUGAUUUAAAUUCCAAUGUGUAAAUCAAAAGAGCUAUGUAACACUGUUUCUUUCUUUUUGAUUGAUUGGUUUAAAUUAUUAAAAGUGAAUGUGUACUUGAAACAGAAGCAUAUUUCACGUAAUCGUUGCUUCUAAAAGAGCAAAUGAACAAUGUACAGUCGAGAGAAGGUAAAAUCAUGAAGCAUGGGACUCAAUGCCCGAGGUAAUGAUCAGAAUAGAUUUCCAUACAGAGUGGUGCAGGAUUCACAAACCAUCGAUUUGAUAGAUGUGCGGAGAGCAAGGGCUAUUGGAGCUGCAAACUCAUUUAGAUUAGUUUGUCGACAAACUUGAAGCUUGAAUUAGAGAUUUUCAAUUGGAUGGCAAAUCGAUCAAGGAUGCAUAUGGACAUGAACAGGGGUGGCAAAGCUUGGUCUAGUCCAGCACAUUUCAAGUUUUAACUAGCAUGGCUCAAUCUUGAUCAGGAUGGU